AUGCUGACGCCAACAGUCGCCAACCGCACCAGCUUUCUCUAUGCAGCUGGAAACACUCCGGCAACUAGCCUGACGAGAUGCCUUCCUCAUGGGCUGGAUGCUGCUGUGCUGUCGCUUGGCUGCGGCGACUUGCGUAACAUCUUGUACACUGCGUACUCCGAAAAGGGUCUUCCGCAGAGGAAGCUUGAUGUUACAUGCUGCGACAUCGACGAGAGAAUCAUUGCCCGCAACGCCGUUAUUCUCUCAUUUAUCCUCGAUGGGGAUAAAAAGUUCACCAAUGAACUACUGUGGAAUUCUUACUACCACAUAUUCGUCGAUGAUGCUGCAGCAGAUGCCGUCCUCGCGCAGACCGCUAAGCUGCUGUCCAUCUCAAAGACCUUGGAGGAUUGGGACGCCAAUAUCUACGGUCGUGCUAUCAAAUUCUGCGAUUCAGACACGCUCUCGGAUGUCCGCAAGAUCUGGAAACAAAUCAAAGAUGUGGCUGAGAAGUGCCAGAAGGACGGCUACCUUCAGGCAUUCCAGAAAAAUGUGCAGACUUCACGAGACGUCCGCGAUCAUAUGAUGGGCAAGACAGGCGUCAACAUCACCGGCAUACGCUCAGCCGCUCCGCUUUCUUUGCUGUCUCAAAAUGAGCUCCCUCGUGCAUCCACGCAGUAUUGGAAGGAUGGCACCGUGAUGCCUAUGCAAAAAGGGUCUCGGUUUUUUAAUCCAUUGCUCGCUGGGCUUCUGUCGGAGACGGAGAUCCUGCACUACGGGAGUGACCCAGUUCUGGGAUACCAUCUCGCUACAGCAUAUGCAUCGCUUGCAGAGUCUUCGCCCUUGAAGCCCGAUAAUGCCGAGGAGGGCUUAAAGGCCGCCGCCGCAGCAAAGACCCAAUUCGGUGAAUGGAUCUCAGCUUUCAAGCUUGUGUUUGGCAAGAAGCUCGUCGUCCGCUACGCCGUAGCCGAUGCAUUGACAUUCUGUCACAGCCUCCAGAGCGCUGCUAACGAUGGCUCGAGUGCAAACAUGUAUAGGAAGCUCUGGGACAGCAGGCCAUUGAUCCUGAACCAAAAGGAGUAUGGAAAGGGUGGCAAAGGGCCGACGGUGUUUGAUAUGAUCGACACAUCCAACCUCAGCGAUCACAUUGGCGCCAUAAACAUCCUUGUGGCUGCGGGUCCCUUGCUCAAGGACCAGCCAUGGGCAUCACUCUUCACAGAAAUCUUGAUUCAGAACGGGGGGGCGCAGAAGAGUGCACUCGAGAACAUCCUCCGCGGCGACGCACCAACUAUAUCGCUUCUCCUGGGCUUCAGCCCGGUGCAAUACUGGACGAAUGCCAAAUGCGAGUCGCAUGCCGAUGAGGUCUUCAUAGGCUUCAUGGGCAAGUCGUCCCAGCAGCUUGAGACGCAAUUUCGUACCAGACUGGCCUGGAAGAGCGACGACCAGUUUUCGGGAUAUGCCCAAGGGCGGAGCAAAUUGCACAUCGAGGCCAAAUCGCUCGCACGACUUAUCCUCCCGCUCUUUUGCCGCAUGUUUGAAUCCGAAAACGUAGCUAAUCCAGCUGCCGCUUUAUUUGCAAGAAGCAGUGCCUAUCCACACUUCCACCGCGGUAGCUUCGCAACCUUGCUGAAGCUGGUUAUGCGACGAGUGCAAACCGACUGGCCAGCCAUGUGUACUGAGCUUCUUAGGAUGUCUGCUCAGGAUCCAGGUAUGAUCCUAGCUAGCAAUCAGAUUCAGGACCUCUGCGCGCAAUUUCAUAUGCUCGAUGUCAACACAGAACGGUGGAUCCUGAAUCAGAUCAGUUACAGCCCUGAGCUUGGUACUUUCAAUGCCUGGAAACCGAUUCCACCGACAGUUGCUGUCACGGUUGUCGUUCCUCGUAAUGCCAUCUCUCACCUCUAUCAAGACUCUAUUCAAUACAAAUUGGCGUCGCCUUCUCUUCUUGGAUCUUUGAGGACGAGCUCCAAGGCUGUUAGCCAGUGGCAUAAUAUUUUCGGAGAUGUCCACAUCGUCUUUGGAAACGUCAAGGAAACGGGCUUGCGCCAGGAUCAAGACUUUCGGAUCUCGGUCGAGCAGGAUCAAGAUGGGUGGUCGGGGACCGCGCCUCUCAUAGCAUCAUUCUACGUACCGGUUUCUGCACUUCAGGUCGAACCCUACAACACCCUCGUCGGGGUAUCAGUGGUGCCUUCGGCACAGAGCGCAAUGCUCUAUAGACAAACGCUGGGACUCAAAAUGACCGUCUUCGAGACAAAUUUGGACGACAGGCCAGCAGUCUUUGUGACAAAGUACAUGCCAGGCCAGAAGGCAUACCCUGUCGUGUGCGGUCGGGUCAAGGAGUUAGACAACGUCGUGGACAAGGGCAAAGACGACAAGACGACAAAAGUCAUGGCUGAGGUCCCUCUUACCGAAUCGAAGCUCACCGCCAUCACCGGCCACCUCGACAUUACGUCUAAGAAGGGCAAGGACCUUCUCAAGGAGAAGGUUCCGAUCGAGCUGCGCCAGGAAAGCCCCUUUGUUAUCGACAUUGUGUUCGGGUCUCAGAAACUCAUCUGUCCUGUCCGAUUCCCGGUGCCCGUGACAAAGACAGGAUGCAAAACACGCAUAGCACGCACUUCGGGCUAUGUCGAGUUGAUUGCACCCAUAGCCAAAUCAGGGGUCUCUGAAGAACUUGCCGAUUUUAUCUUCCCUGCUAAGCUCUCUUCUUCCGGUAUGCCGACUACAUUGAACACGCCGCAUCUUAACCUCGAUGCACUACCAAUUCUAGACACUCAGAAGAACACGGACAGGCUCAAGUGGCUUAUCACGCUUACGUCCCUUCAAUUCUCGGCUCGAGAGAAACGACUACGCGAUGAAGCUGACUCUGUGACGGGUAUCUCGAAUGACCCAAGAGUGAACUUCAAGGAGUCUUUGUUCACCAUGUUCAUGCUCGCCUCGGGGCUCCAGGGCGGACAAACGGGCAUGUUCUCUAUCAAUCAUCCCGAAAAGGGCGGCAUUCACAUGUUGAUUUUUGUGUCUGCCCUGAGACUGGAUGGAGACAGUGCUUCUGUGGUUCUGGACGCAGCCGUGCUCCCGUUUACUCUUGAACUGAUCGAGUCGGGGAGGAUGGAAGCUUUCCUGUUGAUGAUCCGCAACCUCGAGUGCUGCACGCUGAACGUGAAUGACGCAGAGUUGGCGCUUUGGAAGAAGAUCCUUCCGUCACUAGCAGAGCGGUGCCGCACAUGGUCUCAUGGCGCCAAGUGUGAGUACAAGAGGAAGAAUGCAACGAUUCCGCUUAGCCUCGAGCAUGGGAAGCAACUUCUGUGCUCAUGCGGCAACGGUAAACUGCCCGAUAACUUUGUGGGACUUCCCGAGUGGAACAACGCGGCUCCCAACGCAGUGAGGGUGGCAAUUAGCCCGACUUAUGCUGUGCCUUUUGUCGAGGAGGUUGUUGAUCAAAGCCUCAUCUCUCAGAUGGAGUCCAUGAGUGUCGACAAGGACCGAUGCAGAACUUGCGGUAAGCCUGAUGGCACUGGCGGGGUGUCGCUGAAGAAGUGUCUACGAUGCAUGAAGGCCAAGUAUUGUUCGGGGGAGUGCCAGAAGAAGGACUGGAAAACGCACCGGAUGGAGUCUGGUGCGAGCUUGUGGGAUUACGAAAUCGCGAACCAACUCCCACUCCAGAGUCCAAACCUCGACUCAACCUCGACAUACCCCCGCGCACCGAACCAAGAAUUUCUCAUCAUGUCGGCCGCGCAACUUCUCAACCCCAAGGCCGAGUCCCGAAGGAGGGGCGAAGCUCUAAAGGUCAACAUCAGUGCCGGUGAGGGCCUGCAGGAUGUCCUCAAGUCCAACCUCGGCCCGCUGGGCACCAUCAAGAUGCUCGUCGACGGUGCGGGACAGAUCAAGUUGACCAAGGAUGGCAACGUCCUGCUCCGAGAGAUGCAAAUACAGAACCCGACCGCCGUCAUGAUCGCCCGAGCAGCGACUGCGCAGGACGAUAUUUGCGGUGACGGAACCACCUCUGUCGUCAUGCUGGUGGGCGAGCUGCUGAAGCAGGCCGACCGAUACAUCGCCGAGGGACUGCACCCCCGAAUCAUCACUGAUGGUUUUGAGCUUGCCAAGAUCGAGGCUCUCAAGUUCCUCGACACCUUCAAGCUCCCCAAGGACGUCGACCGCGAGCUCCUCCUCAACGUCGCCCGAACGUCGCUCGCCACCAAGCUCAACUCGACCCUGGCCGCCAAGCUGACCCCCGCCAUCGUCGAUGCCGUCCUGGCCAUCUAUCAGGCCCCCGCGAAGCCCGACUUGCACAUGGUGGAGAUUAUGAAGAUGCAGCACCGCUCAGCCGCUGACACUACCCUCAUCCGUGGCCUAGCGUUGGAUCACGGUGCCCGACACCCCGACAUGCCGAAGCGACUCGAGAACUGUUACAUCCUGACCCUCAACGUCAGCCUAGAGUACGAAAAGUCCGAGGUCAACUCUAGCUUCUUCUACUCUAGCGCCGAGCAGCGCGACAAGCUCGUCGAGAGCGAGCGCCGAUUCGUCGAUGCUAAGCUGAAGAAGAUUGUCGAGUUGAAGAAGGAGCUAUGCGGUAGCGAUGGCAAGAAGAACUUUGUCGUCAUCAACCAGAAGGGCAUUGAUCCCCUGUCCCUGGACGUCCUGGCCAAGAACGGCAUCCUCGCUCUCCGAAGAGCCAAGCGAAGAAACAUGGAGCGUCUCCAGCUGAUCUGCGGUGGUACUGCUCAGAACAGCGUCGACGACCUGUCGGAGGAGGUUCUGGGCUGGGCGGGUCUCGUCUACGAGCAGGCCCUGGGCGAGGAGAAGUUCACCUUUGUUGAGGAGGUCAAGGACCCCAAGUCGGUUACCCUGAUGAUCAAGGGCCCUAACCAGCACACCAUUGCCCAGGUUACGGAUGCCGUGCGAGACGGUCUGCGAAGUGUGUACAACAUGAUUGUAGACGGAAGCGUCGUCCCCGGAGCUGGUGCGUUCCAGGUUGCCUGUGCCGCCCACCUGAAGAGCGAUGCCUUCUCCAAGUCCGUCAAGGGCAAGGCGAAGUGGGGUGUUGAGGCGUUCGCCGAUGCUCUCCUCAUUAUUCCCAAGACCCUGGCCGCCAACGCCGGUCUCGACAUCCAGGAUGCUCUUGCUGCCCUGCAGGACGAGUACGCCGAAGGAAACGUCGUUGGUCUGGACCUGGAGACCGGAGAACCCAUGGAUCCCGAGCUUGUGGGUAUCUUUGACUCGUUCCGAGUAUUGCGAAACUGCGUGGCUUCCAGUGCCAGCAUCGCGUCCAACCUGCUUCUGUGUGAUGAGUUGUUGAAGGCUCGACAGAUGGGCAGAGCAGGUGGACCGGGACCGGGAAUGGAUGGCCCUAAUGACCACAUGUAG